AUGGACGGCGCCAUGGGGCUACGAAUGCUGCUGGGCAUGUGCCUGAUAUCGCUCUCUGCUUUGCAGGCCUUGCCGGCUCGGGGCUCAGCCACAGGCAGGCCUAGGGGCAAUGAGAAGCGACAGGCUGUGGACACAGUUGAUGGUGUGGUCAUCAAGAGUAUGAAUAUCAACUGCAAAGUCACCUCUCGCUUUGCUCACUAUGUCAUCACCAGCCAAGUGGUCAACAAUGCCUAUGAGGCUAAGGAAGUAGCAUUUGAUGUGGAAAUUCCCAAGACAGCCUUCAUCAGUGAUUUUACCAUCACAGAAGAUAAAAAUGCAUAUGUGGGGAACAUCAAGGACAAAAUGACGGCGUGGAAGCAAUAUCGGAAAGCUGCUAUCUUGGGAGAGAAUGCUGGGCUUGUCCGGGCCUCAGGAAGGAAUAUGGAACAAUUCACCAUCCACAUCACCAUCAGUCCCCGGAGCAAGGCCAUAUUCAAGCUGACCUACGAGGAGGUGCUGAAGCGAAAACUUGGGCAGUAUGACAUCGUCAUUAAAGUCAAGCCCAAGCAGCUGGUGCAGAAAUUUGAGAUCGAUGUGGACAUCUUUGAGCCCCAGGGGAUCAGCAAGCUGGACGCCCAGGCCUCCUUCCUUCCCAAGGACCUGGAGCAAACCAUCAAGAAGUCCUUCUCAGGGAAAAAGGGUCACGUGCUUUUCAACCCUACUAUGAGACAGCAGAAGUCUUGCCCCACGUGCUCCACAUCUUUGUUGAAUGGGGACUUCAAGGUGACCUAUGAUGUCAAACGAGACCAAAUCUGUGACCUCUUGGUUGCCAAUAAUCACUUUGCCCACUUCUUGGCACCCCAAAACCUGACGAACCUGAACAAGAACCUGGUUUUUGUGAUUGACAUCAGUGGCUCAAUGCAAGGUCAGAAAGUAAAGCAGACCAAGGAGGCACUCCUUAAAAUCCUGGAUGAUAUGCGUCCGGAAGACCACUUUGACCUGGUUCUCUUUGGUUCCCAAGUGCAAUCGUGGAGGGGCUCACUGGUGCAGGCAUCUGCUGCUAAUCUGCAAGCAGCUCGAGACUUUGUGCAACGCUUCUCUGUGGCUGGGGCCACAAACCUGAAUGGAGGUUUGCUCCGGGGAAUUGAGAUUUUGAAUAGAGCUCAGAAAAGCCAACCAAUGCUCAGCAAGCAUGCCUCAAUUCUCAUCAUGUUGACAGAUGGGGAGCCCACUGAGGGGGAGACGGACCGUUCCCGAAUCCGAGAGAACAUCCGCAACACCAUCAGGGGCAGGUUCCCACUCUACAACCUGGGCUUCGGUGACAAAGUGGACUUCAACUUCCUGGAGGCCAUGUCCAUGGAGAAUAAUGGGCGGGCCCAGAGAAUCUACGAGGACCGUGACGCCACCCAGCAACUGAAGGGCUUCUACAACCAGGUAGCCAAUCCCCUACUGAUGGAUGUGGAGAUGAAGUACCCCAAGGACACUGUGGUGGCUGUGACCCAGCAGUACCAUAAACAGUACUACGAAGGCUCAGAGAUUGUGGUGGCUGGGCGCAUUGCUGACCACAAACUAAGGAGCUUCAAGGCUGAUGUGUUGGCCCGUGGGGAGGGUCGAGAAUUUCAGACAACCUGCCUGGUGGAUGAGGAAGAGAUGAAGAAACUGCUCCAUGAGCGGGGUCACAUGCUGGAGAACCACGUAGAGCGCCUCUGGGCCUACCUCACCAUCCAGGAGCUGCUGGCCAAGCGGAUGAAAGUAGAAGGGGAGGAGAAGGCCAACCUGUCGGCCCAGGCCCUGAAGAUGUCACUGGAUUACCAGUUUGUGACUCCAAUGACUUCCAUGACCAUCAGUGGCAUCGUUGACCAGGAUGGCCUGGGGCCCACCAUUGACAAGACCUCGGAGGGUAUGGGCAGUGUGGAGUUGGUGGGACCCGGAAGGAUGUAUAAGCUGUCUGCCUUGCAGCCUUCUCCUACUCAGUCCAGCUCCAUUAACAUGAAGUUACCAGAUCAGGUGACUGGCGUGGACACUGAUCCCCACUUCAUCAUCCACGUGCCCCAGAAAGGAGUCACCUUGUGCUUCAACAUCAAUGAGGAGCCUGGUGUGAUCCUGAGCCUGGUGCAAGACCCUGACACAGGCUUCUCAGUGAAUGGACAGCUCAUUGGCGACGAAGCUCAGAAUGAGGGCACAUACUUCGGGAGGCUGGGGAUCGCAAACCCAGCAACGGGUUUUCAGUUGGAAGUGACUCCUCAGAACAUUACCCUGAACCCUGGCUCAGGCGGGCCCACAUUCUCCUGGAUGGACCAGGCUGUGCUGCGACAGGACCAGGUGCUAGUGACCAUCAACAAGAAGAAGAGCCUGGUGGUGUCCAUAGACGACAGGGGCACCUUCCAGGUCGUCCUACACCGAGUAUGGAAGGGGAGUGCCGUCCACCAGGACUUCCUGGGCUUCUAUGUGCUAGAUAGUCACCGGAUGUCCACCCGGACGCAUGGGCUGCUGGGACAAUUCUUCCAUCCCUUUGAUAUUGAAGUGUCCAAUAUCCACCCAGGCGCCCACCCAACAAAGUUGGAUGCCACAAUGGUGGUAAAGAACCACCAGCUGACAGUGACCAGGGGCUUACAAAGAGACUACAGUAAGGAUCCCCGGCAUGGGACUGAGGUGACUUGCUGGUUCGUCCACAACAACGGUGCUGGGCUGAUCGAUGGCAUCCACACAGACUACAUCGUCCCUGACAUCUUCUGA